AUGGGGUCACAUAUUCAACCAUCGAGAUUUUUAGAUAGUGCUGUAUUAUCCUUGUUUGCUAUGAUGAUUUCGGCAUCCUUCCUUUAUAUGUUUUCGGAAUUUUAUACGUUAUCUAUAGAACAGAAAUUACUAAACAAUAAAAUAAGUAUGGUAUUAACGCGUUUAUUUCCUUUUAAAGCUAAUUUUGAAUACAACUUGACGCACAUAUUGCUCCUAACCAUAUGCAUAAUUAUUCUUAGUCUAAAACCUGAUUAUAGCUUUUACUGCAAGCUUAUUGCAAAGGAAUGUAAAAGAUUCCAAGGUAAAGAAGAAUCACACAAGAGUGAUGACUCCGAUCGAAUUCAAAAGAAAAAGUAA